CAUCAGAUCAUCAGGCGAGCUUUUUUACUUUCUUUCCCUGUCCAACGAUGGCUUUCUUACUCAACAAAACGAGCUUCUCUCAGCUUCGUCUCCAUCCCCAGAAGGCUGAUGAUUCGCUAUCAUUAUCGAGACGCGGGUUUCAUGUCGAACCAGGGGCUCGCGAGAAGGCUCUUUUGGCUGAGGACCCAGUGCUAAAGCGCUUCAAAUCACACAAGAAAGGUGUGUGGCGUCUUAAGAGACUGGGGGAUGUUCUAACUAUUGUUGUUGUAGCCGGAUGUUGCUACGAGAUAUAUGUUAAGGCAGUAAUGCGAGAAGAGGCUCGCAAACAGGGAAGUGGAAGUGGAAGUGGUGGUGGUGGUGGUGGUGGUGGUGGUGGUGACAGUCACUGAGCUUUUCCGGAAUGCAAAGUUAGUGCUUCUAUCUUUAAAAAUCAUGCCAAUGAGAGAGGGAAAAAGUCAUCUUGAUGUCCUGAGUACAAGAACACUUCCAUUUUUGUUCUGUUUUGGUGCUCGUACUGAAAAUAAGGUAGUUCCAGAUGCUGGCAUACUACUACUGAAACUAUCCAAAGUCAAUGUUGAUAGAACGUAGCAUGUGGUGGUGUUCUUGUCUUCAUUAACUGUUGUAAGAUGAGUGGAAUGAGAAUGCUCUCAUGGGUUUUUCUAAGCAUGAAAUUUCUUUCUUUUUAAUGACCAUCAAUGUUCAUAUUGAAGUCUAAAGGUGACACAUGUCCUUCAUCUGCAGUAAUAACUCUGCAGUUAUUCAACUGUCGAAAGAUGAACGCAACGAGCAG